AUGACCGGUGUCUUAUUAAAGUGCCUAGUCUUGGCGCUGUGUGUCGGCGCGCACAGGCUCCUGGCAGUCCCCCGGGCUGAGGAGGAUGAUGGUUCCGGUGACAGCGCCUCGACCCUGGCCUUUGUGUUCGAUGUUACCGGCUCCAUGUACGAUGAUCUGAAACAGGUGAUAGAAGGCGCCUCGCGGAUCCUGGAAAGGAGCCUGAACAGGAGGACCAGACCCAUCAAAAACUUUGUGCUGGUCCCCUUCCAUGACCCAGAUAUCGGCCCUGUUUCCAUAACCACGGACCCAAAGAAGUUCCAGCAGGAUCUGCAAGAGCUGUUUGUCCAGGGCGGGGGCGACUGUCCUGAGAUGAGCAUAGGAGCCAUAAAGAAAGCCUUGGAGGUUUCUCUGCCUGGAUCCUUCAUCUACGUGUUCACUGACGCCAGAGCCAAAGACUACCGCCUGAAGAGAGACGUUCUGCAGCUGGUGCAGCUCCGCCAGUCACAGGUGGUAUUUGUGUUGACCGGGGACUGUGGGGACCGCUCUCAGCCUGGCUACAGGGCGUACGAGGAGAUUGCUGCCACUUCCUCUGGACAAAUCUUUCACCUGGACAAGCAGCAGGUCAACGAGGUUUUAAAGUGGGUAGAGGAGACAGUUCAUUCCAUGAAGGUCCACCUGCUGUCGUCCAACCAUGACAGUGCGCAGGAGAACAAGUGGGAAGUGCCCUUUGACCCCAGUCUUCGCGAGGUCACCGUGUCACUCAGUGGACCAGCACCACAGAUCGAACUCAGAGAUCCCUAUGGUCGAGUAGUUGGUGAAGCACAGGGCCUGAAAGAGCUGCUGAACAUCCCUAACUCCGCUCGGGUAGUCAACCUGAAAUUUCCCAGACCUGGGGCGUGGAAACUGAAGGUGAGCUGCAGUGGGCGCCAUACUCUGAGGGUCACAGGGGUCAGCAAUCUAGACUUCAGGGCCGGCUUUUCCAGUGUACCCGUUUCAGAGUUCAACCAAACCAGAGAGAGGCCAAUAAAAGGACUUCCAGCCCAUGUUUUGCUGAAGUGUACAGGCCUGAAGCCUCCAGGUCAACUCAACCAUGUGGAGCUGGUGUCAGGCUCAGGCCGCUCCUUACGCACCAUCCCCGUGCCUCUGCCCUCCGACCUCGGUCAACAAGGACUAUGGCGCCUCCCGGAGUUCCGCACCCCCUCCCAGAGCUUCUUCCUCAAGGGGACGGGCAUAGAUGAAGAGGGCUACCGCUUCCAGAGGCUGUCCAGUGUCUCCUACACCAACAUUGUUCCAGAUCCCCCAGCAGUGAGCAUGCCUGACGUGGUGAAGGGCUUCUACAUGCAGCCUGUUGUGAUUGGAUGUUCGGUGGAGAGUGACGUUCCCUACAGGCUGCGAUUCACCAGAAGUGGGAUCACACUGGGCGACGAGAAGUUCUUUCAGAAUUCUGCCAUUGCAUCUUGGGAGAUCGGCCAUGCAUCUGCUGAGGAUGAAGGCCUGUAUGAGUGCAUAGCGCAGAGCAGCGCAGGACAGGGACGGGCCUUAACACAGUUGACCGUUCGAGAUCCUCCUCCCGUCCUCAAGUCGGCAGUAAAUGUUACUUCCUCUGUGGGAGGCGUGGCUGUGCUGUCCUGCCAGGUGGAAGGAUCCAUGCGCCACAACUUGACCUGGUACAGAGCGGGUCAUGCCAUCCGAGCCCGCGUAGGGAGGGUUAGGCUGCUGUCCGACUCGUCCCUGCAGAUCAGCGGGGUGCGGACUCAGGAUGCUGGGGAGUAUCACUGUGUGGCCACCAACGCUCAUGGAGAGAAAAAAAUCACGGCAUGGCUUCAUGUCCCAGAGGCUCCUUCUGUGGAAGUUCACCCCGAGGGCCGGGCUUUCUCCCAAGGGGACGAGAUCCGCCUCGUCUGCGCGGCGUCCGGCUCCCCCCCUCCCCAGCUCUUCUGGAGCCAUGGAAACAUGUUUCUUACUAAUCGGCCGAGGUUGAGCCUAACCAAACAUGGAGUCCUGAGCAUCAGAGGGGCCCUCCCAGAGGAUGCUGGGAACUACACAUGUUUAGCAACCAAUGAGGCUGGGACUGCCUCUCAGACUGUGUCUCUUACUUUUGCAGAGGUGCCUAGAAUAACAGUAACACAGCAGGUUGUGCUUGUAUCUGUCGGAGGCGAUGCGACUCUGGAGUGUCAGGCAACAGGCGUCCCCCCUCCUCUGGUCCACUGGUUCAAAGGUGAGCUCGAGGUGGGCUCUGCGCUUUUUGUUGAGCAGGAUGUACACCGUGGCACCCUUCAUAUUCGAGGGGUGCAGGAGGUCGACGCGGGUCAGUACAGCUGUGUGGCUAGCAGCUCUGCCGGCACCACCGCUGGCACAGUCAUUCUGGAGGUCGGAGUGGGCCCAUUGUUCUCUGAGGCACCAAUUGAUGUGACAGCUAGCGUAGGGGAGAACAUCACCCUCCCCUGCACUGUCCGAGGGUCCCCGCAGCCAUCGGUGACCUGGCGCAGAGAGGACGGCAGACAGAUUCUCACAAGGCCAGACAGCAACAGUAGACCCGUGCAGCUGGAGAACGGACAUCUUCUAAUCCAGAGCGUCUGGCUGGAUGAUGAAGGGUUGUACAUCUGCGAGGCCAAGAAUCAGUUUGGAACCAUUACAACUGAGGCCAGAGUUGGCGUCACUGGACUGGAGCCCCCUCUCUUGGCACACGGUGCUCCUAUCAUCACGACCGGCAUCGGCCAAUCCCUGAGUAUUCCUUGCAUGCUGUUGGAUGGAAUACCUCUUCCAGAAAGACACUGGUCCCACAAUGGCAAACCUGUUCAACUGACUGGGCAAAUGUUUCUGAGGAGUGAUGGCAGUUUGUACAUUGAAAGAGCUGCCCCAGAGGAUGCUGGGACAUAUGUCUGCACUGCGGUGAAUGUAGCAGGGUCCAUGAACAUCACAGUCAGUCUGGAGGUCCAGAUUCCCCCUGAAAUUAACGCUGGUCCAUACCACUACAUAGCCAACGAGGGCGUCGCCAUCACACUAUCAUGCGAGGCCAGUGGAUUUCCCAAGCCAAAUAUUGUCUGGUCCAAGGGCCGGCAGUCUCUGCCAAGGGGCCGCUCCUCUCUUCAGUCGGACCCUGAUGGAUACCUCCAAAUCCUCCACCCCAGCGCUGAGGACGCAGGCAUCUACAUCUGCACCGCCACUAGUCCCGUGGGCUACGCUAGCCGAGAGAUCCAGCUCAGUGUCAACUCCAUGCCUAAAAUAGUGGGUGUAAGUGGCCAUGACGACCUUGUGAAGAUGGCUGCAGAGGUGGGGGCAGAGGUGGUUCUCCCCUGUGCAGCCCAGGGUAGCCCCUCUCCACUCGUCACAUGGAGCAGAAAUGGGCAUCCCAUCCCCCCCGUCACAGCUGGGUUCACUGUUUUGCCUUCAGGCUCUCUGAGGAUCACUGAUUUGCGCCUGAUUGAUAGUAAACUUUACACCUGCACUGCAGAAAACCCAGCAGGCAACGUGUCCCUGAGCUACAAUUUACACAUUCAAUCUAAGCCCAGAAUUCAGCCAGCACCUUCCCUCCUGAAAGCCCUGCUCGGCCAGAGAGUCAUUCUGCCAUGUGUGGUCCAGGGAGAGCCACGCCCCGAGGUCAGUUGGUCACACAAUGGACUUCCUGUUGGGGUCAAGAACACUACGCCUCUCAGGAUCGAGAAGGUCAGCCUGGCUGAUCAGGGCACUUACCAGUGUGUGGCCAAGAACAGCGCUGGACAGGAGAUCUUGGAGAUCAAACUGGAAGUUCUUGAGGCCCCGUCCUUUGCAGAACCAGGAGAUGCCAUCAUGGAGAAAGUAGCGAACGGCAAGGUCAUCAUCCCCUGCCCGGCUAAAGGUUCACCUCAUCCCAAGGUGCGCUGGUUCAAGAACGGCCUGGAGAUACACACCGAACAAUCAGAGCUUUCUGUGGCGAGGGACGGAGCGCUUGUAAUUAGCACAGCGUCUGCCAGCCACAGCGGGGACUUCAAGUGUGUGGCGACCAAUGAGGCAGGCUCUGUGGAGAGAAAGACAAGGCUGAAAGUAAAUGUUCCCCCAGAGAUCCAGGAUGAUGGGCAGCCUCUGAACCUCACUGUCACUUUGAAGCAGCCUCUCACUCUGAGCUGCGAUGCCUUCGGGAUCCCCUCCCCAACAAUCACCUGGACUAAAGAUGGUCAUUCUGUGGACAGUCCUGGGGUGUAUCUGCAGAAUGGGAACCGGCUGCUGAGAAUCUAUAGAGUUCAGUCAGAGCAUGCCGGAAGAUUUUGCUGCACAGCUCAAAACUCAGCCGGGGAGGCCCGCAGGGAAUAUCACAUUGUGGUUCAAGCCCCGCCAGUGAUCUCAGGAACUUCCAGGCUGCAGGAGUUAACUGUGGUUCUGGAUCAGGAGGUGGAGUUUCAGUGUCGCGUAAGUGGACAACCACCACCGAGAGUAGAAUGGAGCCGCGACGGAGAGGUUCUGUCCCGCGAUGGAGACCCUCAUGUGGAGUUUCUGGAAGAUGGCCAAGUGUUGAAGGUGAAGUCGGUCAGACUGAGGGACCAGGGGCUUUACCAGUGUCUGGCCAGUAACAACGCAGGGACUCAGAUGCGGCAGUUCAGACUCACAGUGCAAGCUCCCCCCCGCAUCAAGGGUCCCAGUGAGACCUCGGAGGUGUCAGUAGUGCUGGGUUUCCCCAAAGUCCUCCCCUGUGAUGUCGAGGGCUCACCCACGCCCAGCAUCACCUGGCUGAAGGACAACCAGCCCAUCGUGUCCAGUCCCCAGGCGACCUACACCCAGGGCGGGCAGGCGCUGCGGCUGGGCUCAGCUCGGGGUGACAGCACCGGCCUCUACACCUGCAGGGCCACAAAUCCAGCCGGCACCGCCACUAAACAUUACUCUCUCAGUGUUCUGGUCCCACCACAGAUAGAAGGCGACUCUACAUCCUUGAAGUUUGGGCGUCAGGAAGAGAAAGUACGGAUCAACGGGAGUUUGAUUCUAUCCUGCCUGACCAAAGGUUUCCCUGAACCCAAGGUUAACUGGUUCAAAGACGGACAGUUGCUGACUGGAAACCUACAUGCUGGCAUUAAGGAGAGUGGCUACACCCUCCAAAUAGAAAAUGCCAUGCUGUCCCAUGAGGGGCAAUACACCUGUGUGGUCACCAAUUCUGCAGGAGAAGACAAGAGAGACUUUCAUAUCACCAUUCAGGUUCCCCCAAUUUUCCACCGGGUGGCUAACAGAGAAGCAGCCUGGGGUCUGGGACACGAGGGUGAUGAUAAUGAGGACAUGGUGGAGAAGAAGGAGGUUGUGCUGGGCCAUACGAUCAGCCUGACCUGUGAGAGUAACGCCAUCCCCCCUCCCAAGCUCAGCUGGUACAAAGAUGGACAGAAACUCACCUCUGCUGAUGGAGUGGUACUGCUGCCAGGUGGACAGGUGCUACAAAUCACUCGAGUGCAGAAAGAAGAUGAAGGAAAGUAUACAUGUCUGGCUGUUAAUGAGGCCGGAGAGGACCACAUGCACUUUGAGCUGGAGAUCCUUGUCCCUCCUGUGAUCAUGGGGGUAUCAGAGGAGUUCAUGGAGGAGAUGGGAGCGGUGGUGAACAGCUCUGUGGUCCUCCACUGCGACGUGACGGGACACCCGGCUCCUGUGAUCUCCUGGCUGAGAGACGGGCAGCCGCUGCACGCUGACUCUCAGCACCACAUCAGUGAGGAUGGAUCCAAACUCCAGCUCCUCAGUGUCCAGGUCUCAGACAUGGCUGGGUAUUUGUGUCUAGCCGAGAACAAGGUUGGAACAGUUGAGAAGCUCUUCAGUCUGACAGUGCAAGAGCCUCCAAGAAUAAUUGGCCUUAAAGAGGAGGAUGUUAGUGUGAUCGAGGGCCACAUGGUGUCAUUGCUUUGUGACGUCCAAUCGUACCCUGCUCCUGAGAUCACCUGGACCAGAGACGGGCAGGUCCUCCAAUUCAGCACUGGCAUCCGUAUCCUACCAGGCGGCCAGAUGCUGCAGUUGCCCCGAGCAAGGCUAGAAGAUGCUGGGCAGUAUGUAUGCACAGCCACCAACUCAGCAGGCCAGGACCAGAAGAGCAUACUCCUCAGUGUUUACGUCCUGCCCACCCUGAAGCCCCGACAAGAUGCAGAGUCUGACUCGAUCCCCUGGCAAGUUGGAUCCUCGGUCACCCUGAGAUGUGAAGCACAUGGUGUUCCUGCGCCUGAGGUCACAUGGUACAAGAACGGGCUGCAACUGGCCGCGGGGAACGGACUGAAGAUUGAUGCUCAGCAGCUGGAGAUCAUAGGAGUUCAGAUAGCAGACGGUGGCACCUACACCUGCAGAGUAUCCAAUGUGGCCGGACAGGUGGACAGAACUUUCAGACUGAACGUUCAUGUUCCACCUGUCCUGGAUGGGCCUCUCUCGGAGUCCUUAAAUUACACGCUGGGCUCCCAUGUGUCUCUGCUGUGUGAGGCCUCGGGGGUCCCUGUGCCCAGCAUCACGUGGCUCAAGGAUGGAACUCCUAUUGAGAGCAGUCUGCAGUGGCAGUGGUCCGUGAGAGGGAACAGGCUGGAGCUGGGGCCUCUCACUCUGUCUCAUGCUGGAACAUACACCUGCAUGGCCAAGAACGGAGGGGGACACACACAGAAAGACUACAUACUCACGGUGCAGGUAUCGCCUACCAUCCUGGACUUUGAACUUCCAUCUGAUGUGAGUGCACCCAUGGGAGAGGAGCUGACCCUGGAGUGCAGAGCAACAGGAAUCCCAACACCACGCCUCAGCUGGCUGAAAGACGGAGUGACUUUAGAGGGAUCAGAUGCUCGUCAUAUUUCUGUGACCCCUGAUGGCAGCACGCUAACUUUACUGAGACUGAGCCCCGAGGAUUCUGGGACAUAUACCUGUUUGGCUGUCAGCCCUGCUGGACAGGAGAGCAAGAUCUACACCCUCUUUGUGCUAGUCCCACCAUCCAUCUCUGGUGAGAGCGCUGUGCCCAGAGAGGUGCAGGUCACACAGGACAGUGUUGUGACUCUGGAGUGUCAGACAGCAGGAAACCCUCCACCUCAGAUCAGCUGGCUGAAGAACGGCCGCCCUCUGCUCCUCUCUCCUCGUGCACGCCUCCUAUCUGCUGACUCUGUGCUGAGGAUUUCUCCGGUACAGCUGUCUGACUCUGGACUCUACACAUGCGUGGCUCGCAGUCGCGCUGGUCUUGCCGAGCUCAGCUAUGAUGUCCAGGUCCAAGUGCCGCCUGCUGUGGAUCAUGUUGAACCAGUGGAGCCUGUCACAGUAGUCCAAGGAUCUCUGGUGACGUUAACCUGUGAAGCACGAGGCGUUCCCCCUCCAACGCUGACCUGGAUGAAGGACGGCCAGCCGCUGUCCCUUCACCGCAACCUGCUGCUGGACGGACAGGAGACACGGCUGCAGCUGCCUGAUGUAGCGCCUGCAGAUGCGGGUCUUUACAGCUGUGUGGCCAGUAACCAGGCAGGAAGCAGCACAAAGAGCUUCAACCUCACUGUGCACGAGCCUCCAAAGAUAACCAGCUCCAGCUCUCCACAAGAGCUGACCAUCGCAGUGGACAGUCCACUGGAGCUGGAGUGCUCUGCUGUGGGAGCCCCCCCUCCCACCCUCAGCUGGCUCAAAGAUGGCCUAUCAUUGGAAGGACGUGACAUUGUUCAGCAGGAUGGACACUUUAUCAGGAUUAGCAAAGUUCAGGUGGAGGAUGCAGGUAUGUACACCUGCUUGGCCAGCAGCCCAGCUGGAGAGGAUGGAAAGAACCACUGGGUCCAAGUCCAAGUUCCCCCGACCCUCGUUGGCUCUGGUGAUGUGAGGACGUUAACAGUGCCGGUUAAUGGACAUCUGACCUUAGAGUGCCUGGCUAACAGUGACCCCGCUCCAGAAAUAGAGUGGUACAAGGAUGAGGCCAAACUGCAGUUGGGCAGUCGUAUACAGCGGCUGGCUGGGGGUCAGUACCUGGAGAUACAGGAAGUGAGGCCUGAGGACAGCGGCCAUUACAGCUGUGUGGUCACCAACAUAGCAGGAAGCACCAGUCUGUUUUUCACGGUGGAGAUUCUCUUACCGCCAGUUAUAAAGAAGAGCGGCUCAGAAGUGACUGCACAUGUUGGCCAGGAUGCAGUUCUACCUUGUGAAGUUGAAGGAGACUCUUCAGCUACGGUCAUGUGGAGGAAAGAUGGCUUCCCUAUAACUAAAGAUAACAAUAAGUACACCGUGUUAUCAGAGGGCUCAUUGCAUGUACAUGGGGUUCAGUUGAGUGAUGCCGGUCGAUACUACUGCACUGUGUCUAACCAGGCUGGCUCAGAUCACCGGGGUUUGGAUCUACGAGUGUUUGUGGGUCCUUCCAUCAGUUCAGGUCCCUUCAAUGUGACGGUGACCGAAGGGGUCCGAGCUGUGCUGAGCUGUGAGAUCACAGGUACACCCCCACCUGAAGUAACCUGGAAGAGGAACGGCACUCCACUCGAUAUCAGCCAGCAGCCUGGUGCAUACAGGUUACUGUCCUCUGGGUCCCUGGUUCUUUUGACACCGACCACUGAGGAUGAGGGUUACUUUGAGUGCACCGCUGUGAAUGACGUUGGGGAGGAGCGCAAGGUCAUUGAGGUCAUCCUGAGAGUCCCGCCAUCUAUUGAAGAUGAUGUCACGACAGUUACGGCUGUGCAAAUGUCCCCGGUGGUGCUGCCAUGUCAAGUACAAGGACGUCCUCAGCCCACUGUCACCUGGACCAAGGGUGGAGCCAAACUGGGUGCCCGCGGAGGAAGUUAUCGGGUGCUUCCCACUGGAGUUUUGGAGAUUAUUUCUGCUGUGCGGAGCCAUGCUGGCAGGUACACAUGCUCAGCACGCAACCCAGCUGGAGUGGCUCACAAACACAUCACUCUCUCUGUGCAAGAGCCCCCAGAGAUCAGGCCAAUGGCAGAAGAAGUACAAGUGGUGUUGCAUCAUGGGACCAUUCUGCCCUGUGAGGUUCAAGGCUUCCCCAGACCGUCCAUCACCUGGCAGAGAGAGGGAGUCCCCAUAGCAGCAGGUCACAGGCUUGCUCUGCUCUCGAAUGGAGCUCUGAAGUUUUCUCGUGUCACACUUGGUGAUGCGGGGGCAUACCAGUGUCUGGCAAAGAACGAAGCUGGUGUCGCUUUGGGCCGGACCAAACUAGUCCUACAAGUCCCCCCUGUGCUGAGUGUGCCUCGUGUGGAGUACACUGCAGUGCUCGGCCAGCCAGUCAGUCUGGAGUGUGUUGCUGAUGGGCAGCCUCAGCCUGAGGUUUCUUGGCAUAAGGAGAGGCGGCCUGUUGUUGACGGCGCUCAUAUCCACAUCUUUGCCAAUGGAACCUUGGCAAUUAUUUCUACCCAGCGCAGUGACGCAGGCCUGUACACAUGUACUGCCAAAAACCUGGCUGGCAGAGCCAGCCACGACAUGAGGCUGAUUAUACAAGUCCAGCCCAUGAUUGCUCCUGCACAGACAGACCUGUCAGUCAUUCAAGGAUUUCAGGCGCUGCUGCCCUGUGCUGCUCAGGGGUCUCCAGAGCCCAAAGUGACAUGGGAGAAGGAUGGUGUCAUUGUGCCCAGACUUCCAGGCAAAUUCACUGUCCUGCGAUCAGGAGAGCUGAUCAUCGAGAGGGCCAAGUCAGGGGAUGCUGGAGUGUUUACAUGCGUAGCCACUAAUGCAGCAGGCUCUGCAAAACAAAACAUCCGUCUGUCCGUCAACAUGAGGCCCGCCUUCAAGGAGCUGCCGGGUGAUGUUACCCUGAACAAAGGGCAGAGUCUGGCCUUGUCCUGCCACGCUCAGGGAACACCAUCACCUGUCAUCUCCUGGACCGUCAACAACAGUCCUUACACAGGUGCCACUGUAGACGAUGCUGGCAGGGGCUCCUUGAUCAUUGAGAAUGUGACCAUGAGUGAAGCUGGGACCUACGUGUGCAUAGCAGAAAACAGUGUGGGCUCCAUCCGAGCGCUCUCAUUCGUCCGCAUCAGAGAACCUCCGGUGUUGAAGGGUGAAGCCCACAUGUCUCAGACGGUCGUCCAGGGGGGCUCUGCUAUGCUCGACUGUCCCGUCCACGGAGACCCCAGCCCGGUCCUCCACUGGCUCCGGGAUGACAAACCACUGCUCCGCUCCAUCCGAAUGCAAGCGCUGCACAACGGAUCCUUGGUCAUUUACAGCAUCACUGCUGCUGAUGAAGGGGAGUACCAGUGUGUGGCUGAGAGUGAAGCUGGAACAGCUGAGAGGACCAUUUCUCUCAAGGUUCAGAUAAAUGGAGGCUACUCCAACUGGGAGGAAUGGGGUCCAUGUAGCAGCACCUGUGGACAAGGCUUCCAAGAACGAAUCAGAUUAUGCAACAACCCAGAACCAGUUAACGGUGGCCGGUCCUGCAGCGAUCCCAGUAUCGACUCGAGGAAAUGUCAAGCCGGUCUCUGUGCAGGAGAGUCUCCCCGAAGGACCAGAGGCAGCCUGAUAGGCAUGGUGAAUGAGAGAGAGUUUGGUGUGUCCUUCCUGGAGGCCAACAUCACCGACAAUGAGGUAGAGGGGAGCAGCUCUCUGCAGGCCCGCCUGGACAACAUCCCGCCCAGUGUGGGUCCCUUGUUGAGGGUGCUGGUGUCUGCGUUCGCUCCCAUCUACUGGACCACUGUGCAGCAGAGCGGAGCUGCCAGAAACGGCUACUCCUUCACUGAGGGGCAGUUCAGACAGGAGUCUCAGAUGGAGUUUGAGACUGGGGAAGUCCUUCGUUUGACCCAUGUUGCCAGAGGUGUGGAUUCUGAGGGAGUUUUACUAAUCGACAUCGUAAUUAAUGGAUUUGUGCCUCCUUCAUUAACAUCAUCUCACCUGAGCCUACAAGAGUUCGAUGAGUCAUAUUUGCAGACGGGCCAGGGGCAGCUGUACUCGUGGUCAUCGCAGACCCACCAGAGAGCAGGAAAGCCCAUGGUGCUGCGCUGCAAUCACACCAUUAUUUAUGAGGGCCAGGAGGAGCGCCAGGGCCCUCUGCUCCAGCUGCUCAAGGUCUCCGGGACCAACAGCGUCUACAACAUGUUUACUCUCUCUCUGGACUUCCACAUCACUGCCAGCCUUCUCACACCAGACGGGUUUGAAGACACAUGCCCUAAAGGUUUCACUCUCGACACGGCCUCCUACUGUGCUGAUGAAGAUGAGUGUGAUCUCCAGUCCCCCUGCUCUCACUCAUGUAACAACAUCAUGGGAGGAUUCUCCUGUUCCUGUCCUUCCGGCUUCACCAUCUCCACAGAGACCAACACAUGCCAGGAUAUUGAUGAGUGUUCCCAGGCCUCACACAUGUGCCACUACAACCAGCAGUGUGUCAACACAGUGGGCACAUAUCGCUGCCAGGCCAAGUGCGGACCAGGAUUUAAGUCCAGCAUCACAGGAACCAGCUGUGAAGAUGUGGAUGAGUGCCAGGAGUCUUCUCUCUCCCCGUGCCAGCAUCAGUGUCUCAACACUCUGGGCUCUUUCCGCUGCAUCUGUCACCAAGGAUACCAGCUGUCAGGACAUCGCUGCAUUGACAUCAAUGAGUGCAUGAGAAAUGUUUGUCCGGGUAACAAGGACUGCCGUAACACAGAGGGAGGAUACCAGUGUUUCGACAGCUGCCCAGCUGGCAUGACCAAAUCAGAAAAUGGAGCCUGCAUGGAUGUUGACGAGUGCCACGAUGGAAGUCACAUGUGUCGCUACACUCAGAUCUGUCAGAACACAGUCGGAGGUUAUGGUUGUGUUUGUCCCAGAGGUUACCGAUCCCAGGGAGUAGGCAUGCCAUGUCUAGACGUUGAUGAGUGCCAGCAGACGCCAAACCCCUGUGCCUUCCAGUGCCGUAAUGUGCCUGGCAGCUUCAGGUGCCAGUGCCCUCUGGGUACUGUGCUGCUUGGAGACGGGCGCUCCUGUGCGGGGCUGGAGAGGAGGCAGACCUUCACCAACGGCACCAGAGUGAGGGCGAGGCUCCGCCCACAGUUGGUAUCGUCUCUCGGCAGGCCGAUCCUGUCCCGAACCCACGGUGUGUCUCGCAUCACCAGGCAGAGCUGUCCCGUGGGCUACAGCAACAGGGACGGCACAUGUGUUGAUGUAGAUGAGUGUCUGCUCAGAAAGCCAUGUCAACAUGAGUGUCGAAACACCAUCGGCAGCUUCCAGUGCAUGUGUCCCCAUGGUUACAAGCUCUUACCCAAUGGCAAGAGCUGUAAAGACAUCGAUGAAUGUGUAGAACAAGGCAUCAAAUGCGGACACAAUCAGAUGUGUUUCAACACCCGAGGAGGAUACCAGUGCCUGGACACACCCUGCCCUGCGUCCUACCAGAGUGGACGGAGCCCCGGGACGUGCUACAGGCCCUGCUCUCUGGACUGCGCCGCAGGAGGCUCCACUCUGAUCCUGCAGUACAAGCUGCUCACUCUCCCCUCCGGUAUUCCAGCCAAUCACAACGUCGUACGACUGUCGGCUUUCUCUGAGUCAGGCGUCCUGCAGGACCGUACAUCUUUCACGGUACUUGAGCAGGAGUCAGUGACAGGUGUGAUGGGCCGCGUGUUUGGCAUCAGAGACGAGAAGGGCCGGGGGAUCAUCUUCACCCUGCGGGCUCUGAACGGACCGGGUCUAGUGCGCCUCAAGGUGCAAGCCACCACCAUCUCCCUGCAAGGCCGCAUUACCUACCAGAGCAUCUUCAUCAUCUACAUCUCCAUCUCCACGUACCCCUAUUGAGCCCCGUGCUGCUUUAAAGAUGACUCUGCCUCCCUGUGGCCUCUGGAAGCCUCUUACCCACAAGGCAAUUCCCCAAAACCAAGUGCCUCGGACACAUAAGGCCAUGAAGAGGCUCUAACAUAUUAGAGAAGGUGGAUGUGUACCCUCAUCUGUGACUGAAAUGUCACAGUUGAAAAGGUCCUGUAAGAGAAAAAGACCGUUCUCCGUUUUUAAGUGUUCGCUUGGCUCUGUCAAAUUAUUUAUAGAGCAGAACCCUGUUGAAGACAUUUGAAUUGACAUGCUGGAUGAGCAAAAUAUUUUGUUCAUUUAUUCACUUUAUGCCCUAUUUUGGGGGAGUUUUGGAAUAUCUGAAAAUGCAGCAUGUUUAAAAAAAAUGUAAUGUCAACCAAGCACUGAAGUAUUUAGUAUCCAUCAGGAAUUUGUAUUUACUGUUUACUUUGCAAUGUUUAUUCUGGCACACAUAUAAGUUUGCAGCCCACAAAAAGUCCUUUCCCCUAUUUUAAUUUAUUUCAGUCAUUAAAACACAUCACUUCUGGAAGUCAGAUGUAAUAUAUUUUUUUAAUUCCACUAAACUCAACAAUUACCCAAAACACAUGUUUUAUUGCAAUGUCAUUAAAUCCUACAUCUCAUGCCUUAGCAUUUUUAAGACUUUUGAAAGAUAGACAUUUAAUUACCAACUAAGGCCUUAUUUUUAGAUAUAUUAAUUAAAUUCUUUUUAAGGAUCGACGCAAACCCUUUCUAGCAUUAAACCUUUAAUGGCACAUUUGAACAGUGUCUUGUGGAUUGUGGCCAUCUAGCUUGCUAAAUUGUUUCAUUUAUCGUAUGUGUUUUUGUACUCUUUUAUAACAUUUUAAUUACGUGAAGUAAUUCAAAGGUGCUAAUCUGAAUGUACUUUUUUACAUUGAAAUACUGACCACAGAGUUGAAAUGCACUUAAAGUUUCUGCAUUGUGGAAUUAGAUACAUACAUAUGGCACAACUACAGGACAUUUCAGUUGUCAUUUCAACAUUUAAAAUAAACGUUGAUCAGUAUUCAAACAUGUGCCAGCAAUGUACAAAUCUGAGUUACCCAAAAAACAAAAUGCCCACAUUUGCAGUAAAUGUUACUACUCGUGUAGAUUAAACACACAUUUCUCUGUUGCUGUAAAUGAGUGUCAAAUAUUUGUA